GCCAUGCUGUGCCGCGCGCUGCUCCGCCGCGCCGCCGCCGCGCCCGCUCGUCGGUCCUCAGCGCUUCCCCUGCAGCAUCUCUUGGAGAGCUACCAGUGCAGCCGAGAAGAUGACCACCUGUCUUACGGGGAAACGGGAAUGCCGGUCCCUCCUUUCGGCUGCAGCUUUUCUACAGCCCCGAAUUUGGAGCAUGUCCUGGCAGUUGCAAAUGAAGAAGGGUUUGUUAGACUGUAUGAUACUGAAGCACAGACCACCAGCACGCUCAUCUUUAAAGAAUGGCAGGCUCACUCAAAUGCUGUAUUUGACCUUGCCUGGGUGCCAGGGGAACACAGGAUUGUCACUGCUUCAGGAGAUCAGACAGCCAAGGUGUGGGAUGUGAGAGCUGGCGAGCUUCUUGGCAUAUGCAAAGGUCACCAGUGUAGCCUCAAGUCAGUUGCUUUUUCUAGAUUUGAGAAAGCUGUUUUCUGUACUGGAGGGAGAGAUGGAAACAUCAUGGUUUGGGAUACCAGGUGCAACAAGAAAGAUGGCUUUUACAGGCAGGUAAAUCAAAUCAGUGGAGCACACAAUGUGGCUGACAAGCAGACUCCUUCCAAACCAAAGAAGAAGAGGCAGAACCUGAGAGGACUUGCUCCUGUGGUGGAUUUCCAGCAGAGUGUAACUGUGGUGCUGCUUCAGGACGAGCAUACUCUUAUCUCUGCAGGAGCUGUUGAUGGCGUGAUCAAAGUGUGGGACUUGCGCAGGAACUACGCCGCUUUCCGUCCGGACCCGCUGCCCGUCAGGUCCUUCUGCUACCCUGGAACCAGCACUCGCAAGCUUGGAUAUUCUAGCCUGGUUUUGGAUUCCACUGGUGCUAAUCUGUUUGCUAACUGCACUGAUGACAGUAUCUACAUGUUCAAUAUGACAAGUUUAAGGACCACUCCAGUGGCAGUUUUCAGUGGACACCAGAAUUCAACCUUUUACAUCAAAUCCUGCACCAGCCCAGAUGACCAGUUCCUGGUCAGUGGCUCGAGUGACUGCAACGCGUACAUCUGGAAGGUUUCUGAGCCCAGCCUUCCUCCACGGGUACUCCUUGGUCACUCUCAGGAAGUUACCUCCAUUGCCUGGUGUCCUUCAGACUUCACUAAGAUUGCCACGUGCUCUGAUGACAACACAGUGAGGAUUUGGCGCUUACGACGUUGUCCUGAGGAAGAGAAGUCAGUAUCCAGGAAAGCCAACUUGGUGGGCUGGGUCACUGAGAAGAAACCAGAACAACAGGGAGCAGGGCCACCAGCCAGCCCACAAGGCACUCCUGCCAAGGCCCUGACAGCGGGCAGCGUGUGCAUUUCCUCACCACGGCCCGCUGCCUGCGCUCCCACUCACUCCGGAGACCUUCCGCUGCCCACCAACACUCCCACUGUCGCUCUCAAAACCCCGACUGCCACAGCCUCCACCCCAGCCAAGCCACCUGGAGCCAGCCCCUGUGCGUCCCCGAAACCGAUCCCUUCCUCCAAAAUGUCCAUCAAACACUGGGUUACAAGGACUCCGUGCUCUUCUCCUCCAGAAGUGGAGAAAAAGGUUCCUUCUCCUAGAAAAGCUCUGGCAGAAGUCACCCAAGUCACCCAGGGUCUUCUGGAAGCUGCUUGUCCUCCUCAGGUCCCACACUCACAGUUUGAAAAGCGUGCCAAGAGAAGGCUUGACUGCAGCAAGGAGGCUGAUGCGGGGCAGAAGUGUCUGCAGGGCUGUAGCUGUGUGACUGAGCUGGACCAUGCAGCUAAGAAAUCCAAGCUGAAUUUAUGUCACUUGGUUCCAGACCAAAAAGCUUCUGAUGAAGACUCUCUCAGCCUGGCUGACUUGUGUCAUGACCAUGAAGGCUCCAGCCACAGCCCAAAAGAGCCUUCCCUUUCUGGAAGCCAUAUUAAUCCAUCAGGCAUUCAAACUUCCCCCCAUCUUUUCAGAUCUCCACAUGGGAAAGACACCGAGGUAGUAGAUAAAGAGAACAGUUCUCCUGAAAGAAAAAAUUGGUUGUCUGCUCUGGGAGAGAAGCUACGGACUGGCAGACCUGGGAGCCAGAGCACGUCAAACAGCCCCCUGUCAUCCUGCAGUCCUGGUGCCAAACGACAGGAGUCUGUGGCAGUGGCCACUUCGCCGAAAACCGCUGCAGCCACUUCAGUUUCCAUGAGGAAGAUCUGCACAUACUUCCACAGAAAGCCACAGAAUGACUGAAACAGUGUGCGGCGCUUACACCUGAGGGAUCUUGACACCAGGGUAUCAAGACCAGACUUAAUGCCAACAACAAUGCACCAGGAUUACACAAUUUGUUGUCAGACCUUCAUAGACUUGAGGUUUUAGUCUUCCCAUUUUUAAAGUUGUUAGCAGUUGAAGUGAGCUGAGUGUGUAAAAUCUACACAAUACUUAUUCAUGGUCUCUUUCUGACUUAGGGUAUGUAUUUUUUAACAAACAAAGUACUUUUUACAUGGCAAUUGUUCUAGUCCAAAGACAGACACAGCUCUGCUGUGUAUUGUUGACAGGCACAUAUAGCUUGUCAGUUUAUGUUACUAAUCUGCUGUUCAAACUGCCACUACUUAAGAAUAGUGUGUAACUCAUUACACUCUCCUGAAAAGUAAGUGUUGGAAGGUAUGUACAGAAAUUUACUGGAGGUACAUCUGAGCCUCUUCAUGCUGGAUGGCAUUUCUACAGCUACUCCUCUAGUACUGCAAUGACUGCCUGCUUCCAGCAAGGAAGUUAGCUGUGUGUUAAUUAAAUCUAAAAGCCUUUUAAAUACCCCACAUCCAGCUGAUAGUGACUAUGGUGUAAGAGACAAAGUUUUAAUCAAGUACAUAAUGCCUGUACUCCCCUUGCUAUCCCCCUUCUUCUCCCACCCUGGAAACUGCUGUAUUUUUUUACCUACUUAGCUGCCUCUUGAACCAUCAGCACUACAGCUCUUAAGACCAAAAGUUUAUCACUUUACUGAAAUUAAAUACUGGCAAGGUGUGUUGGAAGAAGAGUGUGAUCUAUCCUGAAUAAGCAUCCCCUAACAGCCCAUUGCCAGUCAGCUCUUACACGUUCAGCCUGUAGCAAAGGCAUUAGUAAUUGCUUAUAACAUACCUUCAUAACAGUUUUAUAAUACAGUAGUUACAAAAUAAUACCUUGUGAAUUGUGGGAGAGGCAAGUGACAUUAGAAAGCACUUGAGAGCGUUUACAUAUUAAUAAUAAAAGCUUUGCAUUGUAAGUUGUCCCCAAUGCUGAUAGAACAGGGUCACUGAAAUGAGAUCGCUGUCCUGCUGGCUAAUGACACUAAUUCCUCAGCCAUGCUUUCCCCAGGAUCAUUUAGUAGAAGACCCCUAUCUUAUGUUGGAGCAUUUACCCUGCUUCUUGUGUAAUCAUUCCCAUGAACUUCAAAACCAAUCAAACCCUUUGAAACCCUGUUACGUUUUUCCACUGCAGAAGAACUGAGGUAUAUGAAGGGGAUAUGAUCCCACUAACUUAUGUUUUCUAUCUUAAAUUUUAACCUCUACUUUACAGUAACAUUGGAAAGUAUGGUAGCUGAAAGGGAUUAGAAGGAAACAAGCUGGUUUGUAUUUUAUGUGGUAGAUUGUAUUUUGCAAGGAAAUAAAUUACUUGAGAGAAAAUGGCUUUUGUAAAAGGUCUGUUACAGCUACAAAACAAAAGGAAAUAUGUAAUGUGCUUUUUUUUUAAAAAAAAAAAAAAAGAAAAGUAGUUACUAUCAUGUUGCAUCUUUUAGCAUAAGCUCUUGGGUACAGAUAGGGGCCAGGACAGCUUUCUCUUGUUUCCUGAAUUACAGGCCAUCAUCCUAUGAAUGCUUCAGGCAAUUUUUAUAGUCCUUUAAAAAAAUGGAUUUUUAAAAAGUGACUACGUGAAUAGAUCUAGUAUCUUUGGCAAAACAGGAAUGUAAAAAAAACCUGCUAGUUUAAUUUUAACCUACUUCUGGAUAUUGGAGUAGAUGGAAGUAGUAGAAACAUAACCUAAAAUAAAUAGGUUUGGGAUUUACUUCUGUCUUAAUUUUAAUUAUUAUAGCAACUUUGUGAGGUAUAACCUGCCUUGAUUCAACCAGAUUUUCAUGCAGAAUUCCUCCAUGCAGUUUGUAAAAAACAUUGCAGAGUAAAGAGAUAUGAACCCUAUUGAAGUACGUGAGAGUCAUCAGACACUUCAACAGUAGGAUUUUGUGUUUCUCCACCCUUCCAUUAUUUUCCUCCUCCAGAAAUGUUCUGCAGCCAAACCACUAUGUCCUGUAUCUUAUAAAUGUCUGCCUAGAGAGGAUAUACAGUAAUGGCUUACCACUUGGAUGAAUAAUAUUCCAUGGGCAUAUGAGAUUUUCUUCUUUCAGAAGAUACCUUCUUAGUGGAACGACUUGUUUUAUGGACCACCAGGCAUCUAUUUUUUCAUCUGAAUAUGGUGUCAGCCUGGUUCAGAGUCUAGGAGAAUGAACUGAUAUGUCCAACUGCCUUGACCUUAUUAUGAUAAAAUCAAAAUUGCAAAAGCAUGGAAAAAUUGCUGAUACAAAUCAUAUGUCAGCAAGCUAUACCUCCGAAUUUUCUUUCCUUCCUAAAGGAUUUACAGAAACUCUGACCUCCAUGUUUCGUAAUACAAUUAAGCCUUUUAAGAUAUUAUUCUCAAAUCCUAUAUAUCAUUGUAAAUCCCACCUUAUGUAUCCUACAGGUUUUUCCAGGCAGAUGAUAGUGAUUUCUGAUGUCUUGUCUCUGUCUUCAGUGUUUACCCUCUGACUGCCAAGUGGGAUUUGGGAAUGACCACAGCAGUUUCUGAUGGUGCUAUAUCCAACAGUUGUUGCUGCUGCUCUGUUGGAAGUUGUGCCUCUCCUGCUCAGCUCUGAGCACCCAACCAGUUUGGAUUUAGGGCAACUUGACAGUGACUGGGGCUAGCCAACCCUGCUGGGCAAAACUGAGCAGGCACUCCCAGGAUCUGUACAGAUGCAUGGUCGGCAAGCCUGGGCAAGCAUUUCUGCUGGGAACAGCACUCACUUAUGAGUCCCCUGGGGAAGCUAACUGCCAAGAAAACCUAAAAUUUAAUUGCCUCAGUUCCCUGCCUCAGCAGAUAGUUACAGAGUAAAACCAUGGAGGGGACAGAUGUGAGCAUGUGGGGACAACAUUGCCACCAAGGGGACUGUGCUGUCAAGCUACCUCUUGCUGUGUAGAGUUGGCUUCUAGUAGAGUUCAACUUCUUGUUGGUCAGGGAGUGCCUGAGUCUUCCUCUGGAAUGGUUGUUUCUGCAGCCACUGAACAUGGAUGAAAUCUCCAGUAUGGUCCAUCUUACCUUUGAGUGUCCACCUUGUAACCUGACUACUGAGGUGGUAGAAAAAAGCACCAUCAUGGCAUUGAAAAAUGUUCUAGUUGCUCUCUGCAUGUGGUAUAUAAUUUCUUAAGAAGUUUUGUUUAGAAAUAUAUGUUUUUCAGCCAGGGAUUUGCCAAAAGCAUUUUCUAGUUGGGUAUUCUAGGGUUUGUGUGUAAUUCUUCUUAAGAGGCUCCUCAAGGUCAAAUAUUAAAUGUUUUCCAUCACCAAUACUUAUUUUCCAGUAAAUGGGGAAUGGUAUUCAUCUUCAGGUCCCCUACAAUCAAAUUGCGUUCUUUCCCUCCUGAAGCUGACCUAAACAGUUUUCCAAGUGGAAAUUAUCACUCUGUUUCUCUUCACAGAACUCAGAACCCAAUGGUUUGCAUUUUUCCCCUCUCUGAUUUAUGUAUUGCCCAGACUACAAGAAAUAAAAUACAUUGUGCUACUAUGCA